AUGCAGCCCAAGGCGCCCCCGGAGGACGAGGAGGCGGCGGGCGCGGGCGCUUUGGCGGGGCCGGGGGCCGAGAGGACGGCGCUGCCCAUCCCGAGGGAGCCCGGCGAGAACCUGCGGCGCCUCCGCGGGAGGAAGGUGCUCCUGGGCGAAGAGCGGCAGCUGGCCGGGUGGGCGCUCGGCACCGCGCUCCUCGGCCUGGCCCUCGUGGUCCUCCACACCGAGCUGGCCUGGUUCGGACGCUGCCAGUGGUUUGCCUAUUCCUUCAUGGUGAAAUGCCUCAUCAGCCUCUCCACAGCUGGGCUGUUGAUCCUGAUCCUUGCUUUUCACAUCAAAGAGAUCCAGCUCUUCAUGCUAGAUAACUCUUUGACGGACUGGCGGAUUGCAGUCAGCGCUCCAAAGCUGGGCCUGAUAGCUCUGGAGGUUUUGGUGUGCCUCCUUCAUCCCUUCCCGGUUGGAAGCUUCCCUUGCCUGGACCCUAAACCUGAGCACACCUUCUUGUUCCUCUCCGACAUGGACAUGCUGCUCUCGCUGCUCAUGUUUCUCCGUCUCUACCUGGUGCCACGGGCUGUGCUGCUGCGGAGCAGCGUGUUGGGAGAUGCCUCUUACCGCAGCAUUGGAUCCCUCAAUAAAAUCCACUUCCAGUACCCUUUUGUGCUGCGGGUGAUGGUGAACAGCCAACCAGGCCGGGUGCUGCUCAUCUUCACCAUGGGACUCUGGCUCAUUGCCUUCUGGGUGCUGUCGGUCUGCGAACGGCAACAUAUGGAUGAAAAUGAGUACCUGGCAGGAACAUUUUGGCUGAUUCCCAUCACUUUUCUGACUAUUGGUUAUGGGGAUGUGGUGCCAGUAACAACAUGUGGGAAAGUGGUGUGUCUCUUCACUGGAGUUAUGGGGGUAGGCUGUACAGCACUCUUGGUAGCUGUUGCAGCUGACAAACUAGAAUUCACCAGAGCUGAGAAACACGUUCAUAACUUCAUGAUGGACAUUCAGUGUGCCAAAGAGAUGAAAUGCUCGGCUGCCAACGUGUUGCAAGAGGCUUGGUUGUUAUACAAACACACCAAGAGGAAGGACGGACGAAGAGCCCGCAAACAUCACCGGAGGCUGCUGGCAGCCAUCCAUAUGUUUCGACAUGUUAGAAUGAAGCAUCGGAAGAUCCGAGAUCGAGUCAACACCAUGGUGGAUAUUUCUAAGAUGCAAAUGAUCAUGUGUGACCUCAGCUCCAGCCUUAGCAACUCCCACCGGGAGCUGGAGAAGCGGAUCGAGUCCCUGGACAAGAAACUGGAUGAGAUGACCAAGUUGCUCUCAGUCCUUGUGGAGUCCAAGCAUCAGCAGGAACGGCCAGUGCUCUGGAUUCCUCCAAAUGGGGCCAGCUAGGUAGCUAAAGAGGUGGUGCUGAUCUUGACAACACAAUGGUGGAGAACCUUUUAAAACCCACUACUGCCUCUAAGGGAUCAAGCAGUAUAUAUGGGAAGCUAUGGACUACAUCCCCAUCUUGUGGCAAAGGACAAUCACUACAAGCAUUUUGCCAACUUUGCUGUUGGCAUCACCCGCUAGUGAAGGAUGAAGAUCAGCAUGGCUGAAUUUUACUUGCCAUGGAAAGAUUUCUUGCAGCUCCAAAAGACCUCAGUGAAGGCGCAUAUGAUUUGUCCAGAGGAUCCUGGAUGGAAAUCAAAGGCAUCACUUCCAUUCCUCUAACAGGAUUUUGAGCCAUUAAAAGGAGGGCGCUCUGGCAACAAAAUGUUACAGAUAGGAAGUAGUGAGACAUGCACUUAAGUAACGGAAGAAAGGCUCUGAGCCAUGGAACACAAAGGCCUUGCCCCUUUCUUCCCUUUUGGCAGAAGAAACGUCUUCCAUUUUGGGGCAGGACUCAAAUCUACAGGAAGCAGGUGGUUGGUGAUUUGUUACACAGGAUCUCAAAGAUGACGGUGAAGGAAGAUCCCACCCUCUGAAGUCUUGACUUACAUGUGGCCAUUGACUUGGCCCCCUCCAGCAAAGUACAGGUGCCUCUAAGCAAGGAAACGUCUCUGUAUACUGGGGCCAUAGUCUUUGAUGGCUCCAAUGACAUUUGAUGCUACUUUAAAUGACUAGCAUGGGUAGCCAAGCUGGCUAAUGAAAAUGGGUGGACUUGUGGAUUAUCGGCCAGCCUGGUGUAACAUUUGCUAUAGAGGCUGGUACAAAGUGCCUUAAACAGCACUGUUACAAUCACAAUCGACAAAGAAAUAGCAAUACAAAGAACGAGGAGCAGAAAUGCACAACUUAUUGCCUGAAGAUCCUAGCAUGGCUCCAGUUCAAAUGCUUUUAGACAGAAGAGUUGAGAAAUGCUUUAAAAAAAAGCUAAGCACUUUAUUGGGUAUUUGAUACUGGCUGGGAUGGACCAAUAGCUUAACUUUAAGCCAUUUUACCUAAACACUUCUCAAAUAGAUGGUUUAUAUACAGCUCAGGAACAUUUUUAGGCAACUCCUAAGUGCCAGAGAAGUAAUUUGCUGCUUAAGACCGACUGCAAAGCUGAAAAUGAGGAGUUUCUCAAAUUCUGACCUUCAGGUUAAUACUUGACUAUAGACCAGCCUUCUCAACCUAGGCUUUCCAGAUACAUCAAACCUCAAUUCCUCCACAACACCAGUGAACUAGCUAGUGGAUUCUGAGUGUUCCAGUCUUAUUCAUCUGGAACAGUAGCAGGUUUCCACAUCUGUGAGGCAGUGAACCCAUUCUGUAUUUUUGACUAAACUUUUAAACUAUGCAAUGCGUUGAAUGGUUUAGCCAUGGAGUCAACACGUCAGGUAGCUCCUUUCAAAUCUGGACUGAAUGUAUUUGCCACUCAAAUGACACUGGCAUCAACUGCUGCUGAUUUAAGAUGGUGCCAAGUUGGAGAGGGCAACUAAAAGACCAAUGGCUUUCAAUUGUUAGCCAUCCAGGGAUCUCCAAAUCCACAACCAUUGGCCAUGCUGGCAGAGGUUCAGAGGUGCUGGAAGUCCAAACUUUGGGAAAUCGCUAUGGGAGAAAUAGAAGGACUAGACCUUUGCCUGACAGAUGUUUAGAUUAUAGCUCCCAGGUUUUCACAACUGACUAUUCUGGUAGUAGUUGACAAACUUAAUAGGCUAAAACACCAGGAAAAAAAACUGAUUUCUUGCCCCAGUUGGGAACAGAAUGAGGACUGAGUGGCAGCUGUUAGCACUUUUUAAAAGAACUGGCUGCCAUUCCGUUGUAGUCAUUUGUGGACCUGGAUGGCAAAUUCUCUUGACUACCUUAACAUAGUGCCAUCUUGAACAGCAACAAAGAUUCUAUGUGUCCUUUGCCAUCAGCAGGGAAAUCUUCCUGCACACUGGAUUCACAGGUGCACAACAGUUGUGAUUUGGCACAGGAUAGUCUAGUACAGAUAGAAUCAUCUACUUCACAGGGUGGCUCCCAGAAUAAAUAACCAUCAUUUUGUAACCCAAUACUGAGUCCUUCAGGAUGGCAAUCCAGGCCAGUAAAAUAUAUAUUUCUACGCAAUAUUUGCUCAGCUGACAAUCCACCACAGAAGCCUAGGAAAAGCCAGACACACUGGGCCAGGUUUUAUGACACAUUCCACCCUUGAGAUGAGGAAAGUACCACUCACCAAAUCUAUCACAAACUCCAUGAAAGAGCUGAUAAAAACUGACAUGUUGGGAGUAGCAAAGACUCAAAGGAAAGCAGUGGAUGAAGUGAAUGGAAGCAGCAACAGCAGAGUUGGGGAAAGCUGGCCUUUCAACCUACACAGCUUGGCAAUUGAUGAAAUGAGACAGGAGUUGUAGUUCAGCAAUGUCCGAAGAGCCUCUGGUUUUCCAUCCCAGUUGUAGAUGGGAAGAGAGGAGACCUCAUCUACAUGCACAAUAUGCUUAACAGGGGGCUUUUAAUGCCCACCUAGAGCUUGCCUGGCAGCUGCUGCUUGAAACCCAAAUAUUACCAUAAUAAACUUUUGACUUUUUAAUGAGGAGAAUGAGCUUUUUAAACAGCUUCACAAUCUCUCCUCCAGUGGUUUUUUAAAAGUCUACUCCAUCACAUCUCAGAGCAUUUCUACAGCAAAGAGACUGAUGACUUUACAAAGUAGAGCAGAGAUUCUGAGAUACUUUCAGAUGAUGUGGCUGCACAUGAGUCACUUUGCAGAAAGUACACAAUCAUAGGGUUGCCAACUUUUUUUUUUCUUGGCAGGAUCCCUCUAUCUUUAGUACCUGCAUCAAUGGCAUACUGUUUUUGGCAUGGAGAAAUAGUAAUAGGAAAAGCUUUCCCUUCCCAAAGCAGCCUCUAGAGCUUUUCAGGGCAAAUUAGCAGUGCUAGGAAAAAGUCCAGCAACCCUAACUUUUCAUAUGCAAAAACAUGCACAAAGGUACAGAAGAAACUUGAGUUGUCACCCCAUUAGUCUAUUAAAUGUAGGUGGCCUUAAUUUAAUUGAGUAAUCAAAUCAGCAUUAAUUUGCACAGCAGGAAAGGACGAUGGAAUGAAUCCAGGCGAGGUUAGCUGAGCUCUGUUACUGCUGAAAUCAGGUCAUAUUGUGACUGAAGCUGACCUAUCAAUUUCCAAUGGAACUGAUGUACAUUGAACUUAGUCUGGAACCAGCCUAAUAGUUUUAAAGAGAGAUACAUAUAUAACUUCUAUUUUAGAAGAUGGACACAUAUUGCAACAGGGGCCAUGAGAGCAGGGGUGGAGAAUCUGUGGUUUCAGGGUCACAUGUAGCCUAUUCCCACAGGUGGGGAAGGCCUGAGGAAAAGGACACUGGAGCGGAAACCCCAUAAACCCCAAUGGGGAAGAGUCAAAAUUGAGAUAUGACUAGAAGGAACAGAGGGGAAAGGCAAGAAAAAGUGAAUGAAAAACACAAGGAGCAUUCACAUUGACCAGAAAAUCCUAGAUUUUGUUCCUGUUCUUUCCAAAUUCAUUUUAUGGCUCCAACCACACUUUAUUUAUCCCACGAUACUGCCUGUCAGCUCCUGGUACAAUCAGACUUUCGAUACCAAUAUUGGGUUUAUUUUAACCCAAUGUAAAAUUUUCUAUCCUUCUGCCUGUACCCACAAUCACAUCAGUGGUGGCAAUAGAAUCGCUUUCUCUUUUUGGCAACCUGCGACACAGACAGAAAAGGAAUAGCUAACAAAAGGGGUGCUCAAUGAAUUGUCCCUGGAGACAUGUGACCCUCAACCAAAUGUCCACCACCCUUCUUUCAAAGACAUUUCCUGUUUUUCCCUCACUUGAGGGAAAAUUUUCUCCUUGGAUGUUUUGUCACCUUAUGUUUUUUAAGUGCCUAUAUUAAAAAUAAUAAAAAUUUACACUAUUUCAAAAACUA